AUGGUAUCCACCACUAAAUAUUUAGAUUGUUUUAAUCAUCUGCAUCAAUUUGAACCCUCCUUCUUCCACCCAAUCUGCCAUUCUUCAAUAAGAUUACUAAAACAAUACUUAAAAGGAUAAAAGAAAAGGAAAGAAAAUGGAGAGAUGAAAGGGCUUGGGAAGUAAAUAACAAAACUGAAAAAUCUCCCAUCUCCUUCUCUCUUUCUGUUUCUUUGCUUUUUAGUGUUUUUUGUUGAAGCCAAUUAAUUUUUAUUUGGCAAAGAUGAAUGGUAAAGCUUCAGUCUCUAAGGAACUUAAUCAGAAACACACCAAGAUAUUGGAGGGUCUUCUCAAGCUACCAGAAAAUAGGGAGUGUGCAGAUUGUCACAGCAAGGCGCCAAGAUGGGCAAGUGUGAAUCUUGGAAUAUUUAUAUGCUUGCAAUGUUCGGGAGUACAUCGAAGUCUUGGAGUACACAUAUCAAAGGUAAGAUCUACAGCACUCGACACUUGGCUACCUGAUCAGGUUGCCUUUAUGCAAGCUAUGGGUAAUGAAAAGGCAAACAAUUAUUGGGAAGCUGAAUUGCCACAAGACGAUGACAGGCGUGAUAUUCAAAGUUUCAUACGUGCCAAGUAUGAGAGAAGAAGGUGGGCUUCUAAAUCUAAAAAACAACCAGAUCCUUCAGAUUUUCAAAGUAGCGAUACAUGUCAUAAUAUAAUGGAAGGUCCAGUCAAGAUUCCCAUUCCGAGGAAAGCAAGAAAAUAUUCUAUGGAAGAAGAGGCUAUAAUCGAGUACACGUCACAAUCUGCUCAUACGAAGCAUCACGGGGCUUCACUCUCAAUGGAUCUAAAAGAGAAUUUUUUUAUACCUCCACCUGCUGAAAAUGUGCCUAAAAAUGAUACAACACCAAAGAAGAUUGAUGCUAAUACAGAUCUCUUCAGUUUGCUCUAUGUCUCGGAUCAUGAUCGUACAGUUGUGCCUCCGUCCAGAUGGGCAACUUUUGACUGAGCUGAAUAGAGCUAUAAGCAGAUGACUAUGACACCAGUAUGUUGCCUGAAGCAUUAGUUAACAGAUGGAGGUGGGAAGUGGUUCUGGUUAUAAAGGAACUCUAGCUUCUAGAAGAAUUUCAACUCUACUUCAUCACAGGUGUGCAUGAAAUCCUUCCGCCCUUGAUUCACAGUUAAGGGAAAAGUCUCUUAUCCGUUUCAAAAAUUUUGAUUUUUGGUACAUCUGGCAAUGGAUAAAUAUCUUAGGUGUACCUUUCCUUAGUUAAUGAUUUUCCUUAUGUUAAAAAGACUUUGCUACAGUCGAUUGAUUUGUCAGGCCUAAUCUAUUAAUUUCAGUUUUUCUGUGACCUUUCCGUCUAGAAUAUGCUUUAAUAUAGCCUCCCCUUUGUGUCUAUUUGCUGAUAUAUUAAUAAACUUGAUUAGUGCAGCC